GACGCAGUGGUGGAUUCUGGGGCGAGGCAGUGACGCGGGGCGGGUUCUGAGGCGGGGCGGUGAUGCGGGGCGGGUUCUGGGGCGGGCCCUGGGCGGGCCGGUGAUGGGAGGCUUGGUCCUGGGGGCGGGGAGAGGCGCAGAGGUGCGUCCUGAGGGCGGGGCGGUGACGCAAGAGCGACUCCUGGGGGCGGGGCGAGGCCUUGGAGAUGCGUCCUGAGGCGGUGGAGCGAAGACUGACCUGGGGCAGUGACGCGAGGGCGGGGGCGGGCCCUGGGGCGGGGGCGGGUCCUGGGGACUGGGGCUGACGGUCGAGGCCCGGAAGCGGAUUGAGGCGGCCUGGAGUCUUAGUUGGCUACUCGCCAUGGACGAAGCGGACCGGCGGCUCCUGCGGCGGUGCCGGCUGCGGCUGGUGGAGGAGCUGCAGGUGGACCAGCUCUGGGACGCCCUGCUGAGCCGCGAGCUGUUCAGGCCCCACAUGAUCGAGGACAUCCAGCGGGCAGGCUCUGGAUCUCGGCGGGAUCAGGCCAGGCAGCUGAUCAUAGAUCUAGAGACUCGAGGGAGUCAGGCUCUUCCUUUGUUCAUCUCCUGCUUAGAGGACACAGGCCAGGACAUGCUGGCUUCAUUUCUGCGAACUAACAGGCAAGCAGCAAAGUUGUCGAAGCCAACCCUAGAAAACCUUACCCCAGUGGUGCUCAGACCAGAGGUUGUCAGACCAGAGAUUCGCAAACCAGAGGUUCUCAGACUGGAAACACCCAGACCAGUGGACAUUGGUUCUGGAGGAUUCGGUGAUGUCGGUGCUCUUGAGAGUUUGAGGGGAAAUGCAGAUUUGGCUUACAUCCUGAGCAUGGAGCCCUGUGGCCACUGCCUCAUUAUCAACAAUGUGAACUUCUGUCGUGAGUCCGGGCUCCGCACCCGCACUGGCUCCAACAUUGACUGUGAGAAGUUGCGGCGCCGCUUCUCCUCGCUGCAUUUCAUGGUGAAGGUGAAGGGCGACCUGACUGCCAAGGAAAUGGUGCUGGCUUUGCUGGAACUGGCGCGGCAGGACCACGGUGCUCUGGACUGCUGCGUGGUGGUCAUUCUCUCUCACGGCUGUCAGGCCAGCCACCUGCAGUUCCCAGGGGCUGUCUACGGCACAGAUGGAUGCCCUGUGUCGGUCGAGAAGAUUGUGAACAUCUUCAAUGGGACCAGCUGCCCCAGCCUGGGAGGGAAGCCCAAGCUCUUUUUCAUCCAGGCCUGUGGUGGGGAGCAGAAAGACCAUGGGUUUGAGGUGGCCUCCACUUCCCCUGAAGAUGAGUCCCCUGGCAGUAACCCUGAGCCAGACGCCAUGCCGUUCCAGGAAGGUUUGAGGACCUUCGACCAGCUGGACGCCAUAUCUAGUUUGCCCACACCCAGUGACAUCUUUGUGUCCUACUCUACUUUCCCAGGUUUUGUUUCCUGGAGGGACCCCAAGAGUGGCUCCUGGUAUGUUGAGACCCUGGACGACAUCUUUGAGCAGUGGGCUCGCUCUGAAGACCUGCAGUCCCUCCUGCUCAGGGUCGCUAAUGCUGUUUCGGUGAAAGGGAUUUAUAAACAGAUGCCUGGUUGCUUUAACUUCCUCCGGAAAAAACUUUUCUUUAAAACGUCAUAAGGCCAGGGCCCCUCACCCUGCCUUAUCUUGCACUCCAAAGCCUUCCUGUCCCAGGCCUGAAAGUGGCUGAGGCCUGGACUUUCCUGCAACUCAAGGACUUUGCAGCUGGCACAGGGUCUGCUCUUUUUCUGCCAGUGACAGACAGGCUCUUAGCAGCUUCCAGAUUGGCGACAAGUGCUGAACAGUGGAGGAAGAGGGACAGAUGAAUGCCGUGGAUUGCACGUGGCCUCUUGAGCAGUGGCUGGUCCAGGGCUAGUGACUUGUGUCCCGUGAUCCCUGUGUUCUCUCUAGAGCAGGGAUUAACCUCUGCACUACUGACAUGUGGGGCCAGGUCACCCUUUGCUGUGAGGCUGUCCUAUGCAUUGUGGGAUGUUCAGCACUGUCCCUCACCUCAAUGCCAGUAACGCGUCUUCCUGAGUGGUGCCAAACAAAAAUGUUCUCAGGUGUUGCCAAAUAUGUCCUGGGGUAUAAAACUUUCCUCGCCUGACAACCACUGGUCUGUAGGGAUUUUUGGCUACACACAAACCAGUAUCAUAGAUCAGCAAGCUGGGGCCUACUAGAGUCUGAACAGCUGUAAUCUAUGAGUUCUAAGUGAAGUUUUAAAAAUUGUUAAUUUUUCCUAUAUUGCAUUAAUCUUAAAAAAUAAAUCUGAGGCAAAUAUGGA